AUGUCAGACAAGCAAAGAGAACAACAGCAAUAUCGAACGUUGAAGCAAAAAUAUGUUGGAUUAGGUGACGAGAACACUACUAAAGAUGAAUGGUUGACGAACGUGCAACGAGAUACUUAUAAUUCCUUACAAGGACAUGCAGCAUUAUUAGAAUACAUUACUUUGGGUCAAGAAGAUCGUGUACGAACGAAAGCAGGUAUGAGAGUGGAAUUGAUUAAGAAGAUGGCUAGUAUAGUGGAUACUAAUGAUGAACUAAGGUUCAAUAAUGAUGAAAGCGGUAAUGAUGACGAACCUGCAAACAAGAAGAGUAAAUCCUGA